AUGGUGAACGUGCUCCCUUGCUUCAAGUGCACGGGCAUCAACUACAACAUCCGCGCCGGCCCGGACUGGGCCACCGCCGACGUCAAGUGCAAGCCCGCCUCGCAGAUCGCCACCGAGCUGGCCACGCUCAAGGGCGUGACCGACACCAUCCGCCUGUACUCGCUGACGGACUGCGACCAGGCCACCGCCGUGGUGCCCGCCGCCAUCGAGGCCGGGCUCAAGAUCGAGCUGGGCAUGUGGGUGGACUCGGCCGCGUCCAGCUUCGAGGCGGAGAAGGCGGCGUUCCAGACGCUGCUGGAGACCGGCGUCGUGACGGCCGACAACACCGUGGGCAUCCACGUCGGCAGCGAGGCCGUGUACCGCGGGGACGUGACGGCUGCCGAGGCCAUCUCGAACCUGAACGAGAUCCGCACGCUGUGCCAGGCGAACUCCGGAGCCGCCGCCAUCCCCCUGACCAUCGCCGACAUCGGAGACACGUACUCUGCGCACCCGGAGAUGAUCGAGGCCGUCGACUACGUCUCCGCGAAUUACUUUUCCUUUUGGGAGAAGGUGGCCAUCGACGGCGCCGCCGAGCACUUCUACGAGCGCUUCUCGGCGCUCGUGGAGAUCGCCAGCGGCAAGCAGGUGAUCGUGGGCGAGACGGGCUGGGCCUCGGACGGUGUCGACGCCGACGCCAGCCCCGCCACGGCCGAGAACGCCGCCAAGUACUUUCACGACUUCUACACGCUGGCCGCGGAGAAGGACCUCAUGUACUUCUACUUCUCGGCCUUCGACGAGCCCUGCAAGCUGGCCACGCUCGAGGCCAACGAGACCGUGGAGGCGUACUUCGGCCUGUUCACGCAGGAGGGCGCCCUCAAGGACCUCAUCUCGGCUGAGUUCGCCAACGCCACCGCCUCCUUCGACGGCAGCGACUCGGCCACCAUCACUGCGGUCGGCGCUGACAGCUCUGCCUCUGCUUCUGCUGCUGCUGGCGCGGUGACCACGGUCAACGCUGCGUCUCCCACGUCGGCCGACGUUGCCGCUUCCUCGGAGGAUGACUCGACCACGCAGGGCGACGCGACCCAGGACGGCGAGACCACCUCGGCCGUGGACGCUUCCUCGGACGAGGAGACCGCCUCCGGCAACGGCGAGGACGACUCGACCACGCAGACCUCGACUGCCACCACGCCGUCGUCGCGCAAGGACUGCGCCAUGUAA